UCGCGUCCAUGUAGCUGUGUGAGACAUGCUAGCGCGCCAAAAGUGUCCAAACAACAGCAGCAGCAAGAGGUAACGGAAGGUAGUGAUUAAAUUUAAGUGAAGGUUUAGAUAAAACAAAUAUUAAACAUCGUGGGGUGAUUUUCAAAAGGGGGGUUAAACUAAUCAGUGUCAGGAUGGGUUUGCUCGACCGGUGUCAGGAGCUGUUUAAGACAGCCAGCCUGUACGAGGUGCUGGGCAUCAAUAAGGAGGCGACCGAGGCAGAGAUCCGGAGAAGCUACUACAAAGUGUCUCUAAAAGUCCACCCUGACCGGGCCCCAGAAGACCCGCUGGCCACUGAGAAGUUCCAGGUCUUAGGAAAGUUGUACGCAGUCCUGAGUGACAAGGAGCAGAGGACAGUUUAUGACGAGCAGGGGGUGGUGGACGAAGAGUCUGAUGCUCUGAGUCAGGACCGCUGCUGGGAGGACUACUGGAGGCUACUCUUCCCGAAGAUCACCCUGCAGGACAUCCUUGAUUUUGAGAAGCAAUACAAAGGUUCUGACGAAGAGAGGCAGGACUUACUGCAGCUGUACACACAGCACGAGGGGGACAUGGACGCCAUCAUGGCCUCGACGCUCUGCAGCUCCCAGGAAGAUGAGCCCAGGCUGGGUGACAUAAUCCGGGCUGCCAUCGAAAGUGGAGAAGUCUCAGAGUUCCCUGCCUUCGCUAAGGAGAGCGAUAAGAAGAAGAGAGCUCGGAGGAAGAGAGCUGACAGAGAGCGACAAGAAGCAGAGGAGAUGCAGAAGGAGAUGGGGCUGGGUCAGGAGGACGACAGUCUGGCGAUGAUGAUCAAGCAAAGAAACAAAUCCAGGGAGCAGAACUUUAAUAGUUUCUUGUCCGACCUGGAGGCCAAGUACUCAAAAAAAAAGUGGAAAAUCCCAAAAAGCACGAAGAGGAAAAAAGUGAGGAGACAUUCCUGACAUCCCUUUAUCUUUGUUUUUGCAUUUUAAUGUUCUUGUAAUAAAAUGUAAUUGCACUUUUUGUUAGUGCCGUUAUAGAACAAUAAAGUUAAUAUUCUUGUA